AUGAAGGCGACUAACGGCCUGCUUCUUCAGUAUGAGCACACGCUGAAAGCAGAGCUGGAGAGCAGAAAAGCCAGCUACCACCAGGACAUUGUUUCAGGCCAGCAGCCUGUAGCAGAACCAGAGGAACAAUCAGAUCCUCAGACAGAGGAGGAAAGUCAUGCUUCCAUUGACAUCUCCUCUCUUCACCUCAACCAGACAAAGAAUGGUAAUAAAACUUCUGUGGAGGCAAAUGCUGAAGAGAUUCAUGAGGAAAACAAGGUCCAGUACACGAGCGUCUGCAGCCCGUCCUCAGGAGGAGAAAACAGUGAGCUGUGGUCAGGUCAGCCGUUAGAUGAGCAAAGACACCCAGAUGAGCUGCACCCUGACGAGCAGGAGCAGGAAACUGAACAAGAAGACCAAGUCUUGCAAUCCACUGUAUCCGCUGUGGCGGUUGACGAAGACGUAGCUAUGGAUGAAGAGCAGACACCGAGCGAAGAGGACAAUGAGGGACUCGCUGCUUUUGCUCAGUCGUCAUCUCGAGACAAACAUCCUCAGUCGACCCCGCUGGAGAUGACAGCUGUGCCUUCAACCCUGACGUUCCCAUUUAACUUCAGCCCUGCCAGAUCUCCACGUCACGGCACCUCCGAUACCAAAUCUCCAGCGUUCCUGUUCUCUCUGAACUCAGAGCCCAGCACCCCGGGCUUCUCCGGCUUUGGGUUUGAAGCGGGCUCUUCACAGGAUGAGGAGUCCCCCUUCGCUUUCGCCGGCUCUUUUUUCAACGAGAAGAAAACUACAGAACCAAAGUCUUCAACCUGUCCUGAGUUCCUGUUUGGACAACCAGAGCAAAGUGAAGUCUUCCAGUUUGCCUUUUCCUCCAAAAGCCCUCAGACAUCUAACAAAGACAACACCGGGGACGACUUUCCAUUUUCAUUCAAUUUUUGAGAAUUGGAAGAAAAACACCUGAAAUGCUGAAUUAUUGUGUUUUUAAUACCAGUUUGUUACUGAUGUUCCUCUGUCGCG